GUCUGCACAUGGAAAAAGAUAAGCACUUCCCCCUCCAAUCAAAACACAUUUGAGAGAGACAGAAUAAAAAAGACAGCAAAAUGGUAGAAGCAAUUCAAGCCAUUUCCUCACAGAAGAUUCUCUUCUCAACCUCUCCACUCUCUCUUUUACCCCACCACCCCUCCCACCACCACUCCCCCACCACCAGUUCCAACCUCAGAAUCCGCUGCAAUGCAACGGCGGGAUCAGCAGCAGCAGAGGGAGAAACCAAAAAACAGAGGAAAAAGAGCGUUUUCGAAAUCGAAAGCUUGACGACUUGGCUGUUGAAGCAAGAGCAGUCGGGGAACAUAGACGCGGAACUGACCAUUGUACUCUCGAGCAUUUCGUUGGCUUGUAAGCAGAUCGCUUCACUGCUUCAGAGGUCUAGUAUAAUUAACCUCACCGGAGCUCAGGGCACUGUUCAUGUACAAGGCGAAGAUCAGAAGAAACUCGACUUUAUCUCCAAUUCUUUUGUGUUCUGUAAUUGCCUCAGAUCGAGCGGGCGGACGGGUAUUAUAGCAUCAGAGGAAGAAGACGUACCCGUUGCAGUUGAAGAGACCUACUCUGGAAACUACAUUGUUGUAUUUGACCCAAUCGACGGAUCUGCCAACAUCGAUACUUCGUUAACCACUGGAUCCAUCUUCGGCAUCUACGGCCCUGACGAGCAAUGCCUUGUCAACUACGACGAUGAGUCUACGCUUGAUGAAGAGAAACAGAAGUGCAUCAUCAGCGUUUGCCAACCGGGCAGCAACUUACUAGCUGCCGGGUAUUGUUUGUACUCGAGUGCAGUGGUCUUCACCAUCUCGAUAGGGAACGGGGUUUUUGGCUUCACCCUAUACCCGGGAUAUGGGGAGUUCGUUCUGACACACGACGAUAUGAAGAUACCCAAGUCGAGGCAAAUCUACUCUUUCAACGAAGGGAACUGCGAUUUGUGGGACGAGAAACUGAAGAAAUACCUCGACCACCUAAAGCAGCCAGGCGCUAACGGGAAGCCCUAUUCUGGCCGUUACAUAGGCUGCCUUGUCGGUGAAAUCCACAGAAUGCUGAUGUACGGGGGUAUCUACGGCAACCCCAAGAACAAGAAUAGCAAGAAUGGGAAUCUGAGGCUAUUAUACGAGUGCGCGCCAAUGAGCUAUUUAGUGGAACAAGCCGGUGGGAAAGCAACGGAUGGCCAUCAGAGAAUACUAGAAAUCAAACCCGAGAAGAUUCACCAACGUACCCCGAUUUUCAUUGGCAGCCCGGAUGAAAUGGAUAAAUUGGAAAAGUUCCUGCGAUGAGGAGUCUUGAGCUGAUCGCUGGAAUCCUUCUUGUUUGGUAUCGCGUGAUUCCUAUUGAGUGUAUACAUAACCAGCCAUUGUAUCUCUUUCGUUUUUUCUCUAAUCCUCGUUGUCUUCGAUUAGCAAUUGGAAAUCUAACUUUUGAAAAGUCUUAUAUAUCAUCACUUGUUUCACUGAUUAAUUGCGAAGGAUGUUUUGGUUGCGUUA